AUGGAGGCCCCCGAGGACGGCGACAACGCCAAUGUCGAUACCCUCCCCUUCGCCGAGGGCGACGAGAGCGACCCUGUCGAACCGCGCACCACCUUCGUCAGCUACCUCUCCAGCCCCGUGGUCACUCUGUUAGUCGGCCAGGGCGAGUCGGAAUCCAUUGUCACGGCGCAUCAGGCCCUCCUGAUGCAAAGCCCUUACUUCAAGGAGGCAUGCGCGCAGUUCAGCGACGACGGCAGCCCGCGUCAGAUUGAGCUCGCUGGCGAAGACCUCGAUGCCGUUGGCUGCUUCCUCGAGUACCUCUACACGGGCGAGUACUUCCCCCGCAAAGUCGCCGGCUCGCGCACCCUCGAAGCGGACCCUGCUACCCCCGAGGUCGACACGGACGGCACCCAGCUGCUGAAACAUGCGCGUGUCUACACGCUGGCCGAGAAGUUCGGCUUGCCCGGCCUGCGGUCGCUCGCCAGCUCCAAGAUCCACUGCGUCAACUCGACAGCCAAGGGCGAGAUUGCCUACGCCCGCUACGUGUACGCCUACACCAGCAAGGACGACACCACGAUACGCGCCCCCGUCGCGAGCUUCUGGGCCACCCGAUCACACACCCUGCGCGCCGAGGCCGAGGAGGAGUUCCGCUCCCUGUGCUUGCAGUAUCCUCAGUUCGGAUACGACGUGCUUACCCGUGUUCUCGACGAGAAGCUCAAGAGAGAGCGCAACGACAAGCUUCGCCCCUCAUCAUCCACCGGAAGCGCCCGCAAGCGCGCGCGCCACAGCCAGAUUUAA